AUGCGAUACUCAACAAGAAAACGACCAUUACGAUCAAAUAAUCAUGUGACCAACAAAUCUUCAAAAAAAUUAAAAAUAUUGAAAGAAAAUCACGAUAAUGAAACAUCCGAUAUUGUCUCGUCUGAAACGUCUAUCACAACAUCGGUUGACAAUGCUACUAAAUCAACUACAUCAAAUAAUAAAAAUUGUGACCAUGCUGAUAUCAAUCAAGAUAAUUCUGAUGCCGAAGCACUAAACAAAUCACCAGUUUCUCUUAACCAUUAUAAAUCAGCUGAUGUAAGUGCUAAGGCAAACCAUGAAUCAUUGAUGAAUUCUACAGAUAAAAAAACACCUCGUGUGAAACCUGUACUUUCUUUGGCACCACUGAAUCAUUUAGAUGCCAGUACAAAAAAAGAACAUUGGCGGAAUCAAUUACUUAACAUUGGUACUUCAUCAAAUAGUCGUCUCAGCAGCACGCCAAUAUCAAACCAUAGUAAAAAUAAAAAUGGCACACGGUCUACACAAAUCAAUACCAAAUUGUUUAGUUCGGAUUACGAUGGAAACAGAGCAUCAACAAAUAGUUUGCAUAUUACUCGUCGGUCUCCUGUACGUAAAAUUCUUCAAAAUAACGCUUCUUCAAGCAUUACAGGCUGUGCUUCCCGAUUGACUGGCAACAAUCGAUCUCCUGCUACGAUGUCCAGUAAUACACGUGCACUUAUUGAAGGUUCUUUGGAAUAUCGUGAAUUAAAACGUCUUUUCAAUGAAGAACAAAGAAAGAAUCGAGAGUUGAGAAAAGAUUAUGCUCUUCUCAAGAAAGAAUUAGAUAACCUGAGAAGUUCAUCAAUUCCCCGACCUUCUGCACCAGUUGUUGGUUGGCUGGAAGAGGUACUUGGUUCAAUUGAUGAAGGUCAAUAUCAAGGAGAUGGUCGAUCAAAAUCAGAAGUUGCUGAUGCACUAAACUUGGAUCCAAUUUCAUUAUUAACCGUUGUUGGUCGUACCGCUCAAAAAACAGCAUUAAAGAUUUUUCGUCGAAAAUAUCCAACGCCAAGAGCUCGUGCUAAUAUAGGAUCAAUAGUGGAAAUGGAUGAGGAAGAACUUCAGAAUAUCUACGUUUACGCUCGGUGGCUUCAUCGGAAAUACCAUUAUUCAAUAUCUGAUAUGCGUAAAGCUAUUGCAACAUCUAUACGCAAUGCAGUCAAUUAUGUACGAAAGCUGACCUAUGAACAAGAUGUUCAACUUAAUGCCAUUGCAUCUGCAACUGAAUUAGAUGAUAAAGAACGUGAUCGACAAGUACAAUCAGCUCUUGAUAAUCUUCAGCGAGCUUUGGACAAGUCAAAUAUCGACGAAGACGAAGAUGAAGAUUAUGAAGAAGAACUCAACUCUAUCGAAGAUUAA